AGCAAGUGUUCAUUUAAUGGUUUCAAAUUAUUGGCAUUGGUGAGAAGUACCAAGUGAAGAAAGAAAGAAACUUAUCAUCUUUUAUUUUCAAACUAGCUUCAUCCACAAAUUUUAGUCCCACAUCAACAUGGCCAACAGGCAUUGGCACAUGGCUUUGCCUUUUGUUAGUAACAAGAACUUCAGCACCAUAUUGUAUAUAAUCUCUCUUCCAUGAGCCAUUUCAUCAUCAAGGACAAGCAUUAUCAGUUCAGCCAUCAAAGGUCUCUAAAUUUCUUGUUUACAUUCUUGUUUCCAAUCUUCCAAAACAAAAAAUGGCAAUGCUCAGCACCAAGAAACUCAUCAAGAUGGCCAGGAGAUGGCAGAAGUUUGUGGCCAAGCAGAGGAAGAGGAUUUCAUUUCCAAGAAGUGGCAGUGAUGCAGACAGUUGUAGUACAUCCUCAUCCUCUAUAGUUGAAAAAGGCCAUUUUGUAGCAUAUACAAUUGAUCAAAGGCGCUUCAUGAUUCCCUUGGCUUAUCUUGAAAAUGAGAUCAUUAGGGAACUUCUAAACAUAUCUGAAGAAGAGUUUGGGCUGCCAAGUGGUGGUCCUAUUACAUUACCCUGUGAUUCCGCCUUCAUGGACUACAUUAUUUCACUAAUCAAGAAAGGUGUAGCUGCUGGAGAUCUUCACAAAGCAUUGCUCCUAUCAAUUCCUUCAUGCUGUUCAACAUCUUAUUUGCACCAAGAAAGUGGAACCCAACAGAUUCUUGUUUAUUGAGUCAAGGUCAACAUCCUUUUUGUGCAUGCUAGCUCAAAAAUAGUUCUUAGAGACAGCGGAGAUUGAAGAGUACACUUGUAAAGCUCAUCACGCGGAUUGAAUAUUAUUUAAUCAGAAAUUUACCAUAUUCAUGUCUUGCACUUUGGUUAUGAGAAGUCCUAACAAUCUAAUCUUGGAUUGGUAUCUUUUAUGUAUAAACACCUCUUUGUGCAUAAGAAUUUUUUCCUUA